AUGCUCACUCGACGCGUCCAGCGCCUCCCCGUCGGCAUUCUUGGGCGGGCGACCCUCAUCACGGGUCCGCCUCCCGACGUUCCAGCAGUCCACCAGACUGCGACGAGCACGCCUCUGCCCAACCCUACCCCCGUGCCGGCCUUUACUCCCCUCCUUGGACCCCACUCGCGUGGGAGGCACAGUGCCGAUGACCCGAGCCAGGACCGGGGACCGGCCUACGUUCCCGGAGGCCACGCUGCGGUCUCGAAGCGUAUUCAGAGCAUGUCGCCUCUGCGUCGCGGUGCGCACGAGUCGUGGUGGACUGCCGACCAGGGCUUCUUCAACGCUGUCGCAAACACUAUCCCCACUUACCGUGUGCUCGACGAGGAGGGCCGGCCCGUCAAGGACGCCGUCAUGCCCGAGCUCACCAAGGAGGAGGCGCUUAGGAUCUACCGCACCAUGAUUCUCGUCCCCGUCGUCGACAAUAUUCUGUACCAGUCGCAGCGGCAGGGUCGCAUUUCGUUCUACAUGCAGUGCGCCGGCGAGGAGGCGGCAGUGGUUGCCUCUGCGGCUGCGAUGCACGAGAACGACGAAAUGUUCAUGCAGUACCGCGAGCAGGCCGCGCUACUCUACCGCGGCUUCAGCCUGGACCGCAUGAUGGCCCAGUGCUUCGGUAACGUUGAGGACGACAGCACCAAGGGCCGCAUGAUGCCUGUGCACUACUCUGCCCCCGACCUUGGCGUCCACACUGUCACCUCUCCGCUGGCCACGCAGCUUCCCCAGGCCGCCGGCGCCGCGUACGCCAUCAAGACGGACCCCGAGCGUGAGGGUGACUGCGUCAUUUGUUACUUUGGUGACGGUGCCGCAUCCGAAGGUGACUUCCACGCCGCCCUCAACAUCAACUCUACGCUUGGUGGUCCAAUCGUCUGGUUCUGCCGUAACAACGGUUUCGCCAUUUCGACUCCUGUAGUUGACCAGUACGCUGGUGACGGCAUUGCCUCUCGUGGACCCGCCUACGGUCUUGACACCAUCCGUGUGGAUGGCAACGACGCUCUCGCUGUCCUCUCUGCUGUUCGUGAGGCUCGUCGUCGUGCCGUCGAAGGCAAGAAGGGUGUCCUCGUCGAAGCCAUGACCUACCGUAUCGGUCACCACUCGACCUCGGACGACUCGAGCAAGUACCGUCCUGCCGAGGAAGUGCAGGAGUGGAACGUUGUCGACAACCCUAUUGCGCGUAUGCGUGCGUGGCUCGUUCACCAGGGAUGGUGGACCGAGGCCGAGGAGAAGGAAGCCUUCAUCGCAAACAAGAAGGCGGUACUCAAGACGUUUUCGCGUUCCGAAAAGUUGCCAAAGCCCAAGUUGUCGGAAAUGUUCAACGAUGUUUGGACGGUUAGCAAGGACGACCACAUUCCAGAGGUUAUUACUGAGCAGCGGGCCGAGCUUGGCGGGCUUCUCAAGAAGUAUGGCGGGGCUUGGGACCCGUGGCGUAAGGAGCUUAAGCGGUUCGUUGAGGAGGGCGAGGAUGUCAUGGACUGCCACUCGAGCGAGUCGACGUAG